AACAGUGAGGAUGUGGUCUCGACGCGGCUGUACUUUGUAAACGCCUCCCUGCAGCGGGUGACCUUCUCCAGCUCGGUUGGGGUGUCCCUGCCCUGCCCCGCGGGCGGCGCACCCCAUGCCGUCCUGCGCUGGUACCUGGCCACCGGCGAUGACAUCUACGACGUGCCCCACAUCCGCCACGUGCACGCCAAUGGCACCCUCCAGCUCUACCCUUUCUCGCCCUCCGCCUUCAACAGCUACAUCCAUGACAAUGACUACUUCUGCACCGCAGAGAACCAGGCCGGCAAGAUCCGCAGCCCCAGCAUCCGCGUCAAAGCAGGUCAGACUCAGACUGAACACAGGCAGCCUCUUCUGGAGCAGCCUUAGACAGACAGACAUAGAGACACAGCUUCACCUGUCGAACCUAACUAAACAGUGUUCUGGGGCCAAACAGAAACACAACGUCUUCACAAAGAAUGAGAGGAGGCUAAGCAUAGCGAAAGGCUGCCAGGAAGAGGUUUAGAAACAAAAAGAAAAUGCAUAUCGAUAAAGAAAUCAAAUACUUUCUCAUACGAUUUGAUGCUGUACACUCAGCUCCAUUCUAAGAGAACCACUCCCCAAACACAAUGAAGACACACAAACAACACUAACAACAAAAACAUCUGUAAGAACGGUAAACCAAACGAUGUCCAUAUUGGUCCUCUGACUAACAAUACGACUCAGUGGGGGGCGAGCGUGACCCUUGACCCUGCUCCUUUAAAAUGACCCUGGCAGACACACACACAGCGGUAAAGACAGUUGGCAGAGAGACCACUGUGCCCUGUACCAAGGUCACUGCUGGAGUGUGGGGCUGGCCACACUGCAAUGGGGGAGUUCACACACACGCAGGCAAGGAUGCACACACACACACACACACGCACACACACAGACACACACACACACGCAGGCAAGGAUGCACACACACACACACACACACACACACACACACACACACACACACACACACACACACACACACACACACACACACACCAGCCUGUGCCCUGCUUAUGCCAGCAGGCCUCCUGUCUCCCAGUCUCUCCAUCUGUCCAUGGACUGGAAAGUCCCCCAACUACACACACACACACACACACACCAUUUUAUUCAAGCUGGCUCUUCUGGGUAGCUGUGCCAGGUCUUUGUCAGGGUGUUUGCUGUAGCUGGAAAGGGAAUGAGUUUAAACAUGAGAGGGAUUGAACAGAGUUGAACAGCGAGAAUAAAUAUUGUUGGUGUUUUAAUUCACGUUCAGCGACAUAUUCAAUCAACAAUCUGCAUCUGGAAAAUCGGAAACAACCCCCUUAAAAGAUGUGUAAGAUAAUCGGAACAACCCCCUUAAAAGAUGUGUAAGAUAAUCGGAACAACCCCCUUAAAAGAUGUGUAAGAUAAUCGGAACAACCCCCUUAAAAGAUGUGUAAGAUAAUCGGAACAACCCCCUUAAAAGAUGUGUAAGAUAAUCGGAACAACCCCCUUAAAAGAUGUGUAAGAUCAAAGAAAAAAUAAUCCAGUAGCGAUUCAGUUGUUAACAGUCAGUUUACCAAAUUCAUGGCCAAAUUAAGAUGGUUACAGCCUACCCCUCCUCCCUCCCCCCACCACACCCCUUAUGGCAUUUCUGUCCAGAGGACCCUCAUCCCAUCAGCUGUAGAGUGACCUUCCAACCUGCAUCUGUGUGGGGACGACCUUCCCCCCAAAAUAAUUACCCCAAUUAAUCAAUUAAAUGCUGAGUCUGUGAAAAUCCACCAACCCUCACACCCAACUCUGCAGCCCCUCAACUCCAGCCCUCAGGACUCGCCUGUGUAUUGCCCCACUACUGCCACACACCUUCGCAGAACGCACACACACACACACACACAUUCACAUACACACACCGCGAUUACCAUGAGCGACAGGCAGGGCGUGAGUGGCAGGGUGUGGCGCGUCCCGUCUCAGGUGGCGUCGGAGACUGAUGAUAGCUGACAGUUCGCAGUGUGACACCCUCCCUCCCUUCAUCUCUCCAUCUCUCAAUUCUCCCUCCCUCCCUCCCUCCCUCCCUCCCAUGCAUGCUGAUUCUGUGCCAAUAAUAGCACUGGUACCUGUGUGGAUCGCUGUACGUUUAUGGAAAUCCCUGCUUGUUUUCUGUUUAAUGUUUUUCUCUCCCUCCGUAUUAUCAAAGUCCUGACCCUAUAUUUCUUGUUAAAGCCAUUCUCUCAAUUACUUUCAUCAUCGGCAUUUGACGGACAUUCUGUAAAUCACUAGCCAGUGCUCUAAUGAUAUUGAAGACGUUUCCAUUGGCUCUCAUAGGAGGCCUUCCCAUCCAUCUCUAGUCAUGUAUCACAUCUCUGCUUUCCAUCUUCCUUUCCUUCGUUGUCAACAUUUGUUCCUCUUCUGCUUUCCACCCUACUCCCCUCCUCUUGUCCUCUCCUUACCCCAUUAACAGUGAAUAGACACACUGUGAAUAACAUGACAAAAUGUCAAAACUAGGUUUAGCCAUCAUAUGUGUGUGACAGUUGACAUUGAUAAGUGUCAUUAACCAGGUUUCCAUCCAACCUUUUUAUGACAGGUCUGAUGGAAACAGCAAAUGUCGACAGCAAAUGUCAACAAAGCAAAAUACGCUAGACAAGGUGGGAUCUUUUUGUGUUGGUAAAAUUAAUUGUGCUAGAAAUGGCGAUGGAAAUGCUUUUAUGUGCAAAUAUUGAUAUAAUAACAAUGAUAUUGAAGUAAACUUGGAGUCACGCGAUGACAUGUUGUGUGGUUCUCCCACUACGACUCAGGAAAGUAUGCAGUUUAUUAGGCUACAGAUGAAAUAAGUUAUGAUGAACGUGGUGAAUGUGCAAGGUGAUUAGGUUGAUGCUCCUUUCCAAUAAAUAUCGAGGGUCUUAUUCUGGUGACAUGAUGAUCAAUGCUUGGCUGCCUUUUGACAAAUUAAAAUAAUCUCGCUCUUUUGUCUAUAAUAAUCUCAUCAUGUAGGUUAUACCCGCACUGUAUCUACGAGUUGCUGGCUAGAGCACAUGUGCCAAUACCAGAGUGGGCACAUUCACUAUAUAACGCAGUUUUCUUUUGUGACAAAACCAUCAGUAGAGAUGAAAAUUCAAUGGAAACCUAUUUAAACAUCUAAAAGUCUAAGCCUUUGAACCCUGUAUGUAUAAAAAAAAGAAUACAAAUAAAAUAUUUAAUAAAAUGUUGAAUUUGGCCUUUACUACUAAAGCCCAUAGAAACGCAUUGAAUAACACAUUCAAAAAUGGCAAAAAAGACAGUACAUUUGUUUAUCAUAAGGAAUAUGUUUUUGAAGUGUCUGUUCUACAUCUAGGAGAUAUAAGAAAUCUCAGGAUAUAUUGUCUUUUUUUGGACACAUAUUUAACCCUUUUUUGUUGGCACAAAACUACCUCCAUACUUCCAUUCUUUUGUACGGGUUAUCUUCAGACGAGUCACGUGACACAUGUGGGGGUCAUAGAGCAAAACGGAGUACACCAUCGUGUCCGUGAGAGUCUCCCCUUUCCUUAGUGGGGUCAUAUUAGUAGCCUAAAUCUCUGGUGGAAUAAUUUGCAUAUUUUAUUCAUGCAGAUUUUAUAAUAUUCGCAUGAAAAUCUAUCGGCAAUUGGAUGGAAAUCUCGCUAUUGGAUGUGAUGCUCUACUAAGUAGAUAUUGGACCUAGACUGAGUUUCUGACCUCGUCUCAAAACUCUUGAGACCUAGCUUAUCCUUCCACCUAUCAGUGGCCAUCAGCGGUGAGAGACAAGAAAAUGCAAGCCAUUCCACUGUGGAGACAAAGACCAAAAAGUAAAGUCAUUCAACAGAGUUGGGACGUAGCCACUGCGGUAGAGCAGUCAGUCAUUUUGCUUGCCUGCAUGCCUGCCUGCCUGCCUGCCUGCCUGCCUGCCUGCCUGCCUGCCUGCCUGCCUGCCUGCCUGCAGUUUGGAGCCUAUUUUUAUUCAAGCCCUGGUAAUGAGGACUUCCUGCCUGUGUGCUCAUUGAGAUCAUGUGAUGAUGGAGCGCCUCUCAUUUGGGCUCUGGCUGCCUGCUCAGCGCUCCUCACACCUGUCAAAUGCCUGCUGUCCUCUCCCACACACACACAUGCAUGCACACAGUACGCACAGAUGCACACACACAGGGGAGACUUUACUGGAGGACUUUUUAUAUAUUUUUGCCUGACAGUCUGAGUAACCGUCAAUGUCUGGUUUCUCAACAUUGGACCAGAGAGUCUAUACUCCAUAAAAACAAGAAAUACAUACAUAAUGCAAGAAAUACAUACAUACAUACAUACAAAAAAUACUAAAUUAGCCAUUCCAUUCUGAUAGUCUCUGUGACCUUUGCCAAGGUCACAUGACUAUUUCAGGGGGAUAUAGAGUAGUGUAACCAAUGCUAGGCGUAUGGCUAUAUCUUAUGUCCUAUGCCUUUGUCACACAGAGCUAGAGUUACACACACAGGUGAGAUCUAGAGUGAACUGGGAUCAGCUGUUCAGUGAGCUCACCUCAGCUCCCCUUUCUACCAACACAAACCCACAGAGUUUAGACUGAGAACAGUGGACUGGGAGAGCAGGUCCACUGCUGCCCUGUACUCUCCCGGCCUGGCCACCCUCCUUUUUAUCUCUGGCUUUAUAGGUCUUCUGCCACAGAUGGUCCUGAUAGCAAGCUGUUGUUUAUUCCCAUUCAUUAAUGUGUACAAUCCAGUACAGCCAUUCAGUUGCCCCUUUAUUUGAUUAUUUUCUGCUCUCUCUUUGCUGCUCGCUUUAUGAAUAAGUAAAUAGUGUAUUUGGUUUCCCUGUAGUUAAUUAUUUAGGCAGCUGUGAUACAGGCCUCUCCUCCCAGUGCACGGAGAGCGUCAGACCCGUGUUUUAGCCCGUUCCUAGGCAACCGGGUGCAUAUAGUCAGGCAUCAGUAACAUCCUAAUGACGGCGCGCAUGUGAGGGGAGUGCAAUUCAUGCAUAAAACACUGGGCUACCAUUUUCAUGCACUUGCAAGGGCUUAAUUAAACAAAUGUGGCAUAUUCUGCACGUCUCGCCUCAAAACUGGAACAUGUGUAAUAUCAUAACGCUACCACAAUUGUUAUUCUACUUCUGGUUUAAGCCUUUAUCGAGUAUGUCAGUGCAAAGAAUCAGGUGAUGUUUCCUGUCAGUUGUUUUGGCUUUAAACAGUCUCAUAGAGGCUCAAUGCUCAUAGGGCAAUUUUCUCUGCGUGAUGAGACGCAGGGUCAAUCAAGGAGUAAAUAAAUGAUUGAAAGUAUUGGCUUGGCUGUGAAAGGAGCUACUUAAUCGAUUCAGCCCAUUGAUCCAGAGAUGGUCUGCUGUGAUAAGAAACGGGGGCAUUUAAAUGAGGAAUUGGAAUGAAGAUCUGAUUGGAAUUAUUUGGCCUUUCCUCGAUUUGUUACAAAUGAGGCUUCACAACACAUUAGGCCACUGAGUGGCCAAAUAGGUAUAGGACUUGGCUACGGUUGCUCAAAGCACGUCUCGUGGUUACAUUACGUUUGGCCACACACCAUAACGUUAAGGUUAACGACUUCACUAUUCUGACAAGGACAUUGGCUCUGGUUUCAGUGGGUGACACUGUCGGCUGGCAUUAAGCAUUAUUAAUGACCAAGGAAAUUCACCUCCAGGCUAGGCGUUAGUUAUAUCGCUAGAGAACUUGGAGAGAGAGAGCCCAGGCAGGCAGGGUGUGUGUGUGUGUGAGUACAUGCGCGCGUACGUGUGUGUACGUGUGUGUGUUGUCGACUUCACGUGGUUAAACCAUUACUCCCCUGAUUGGCAUGAGAGAAGCCUCAUAGAAUUAGCUGUGAUUAGAUUGCAGUGCCACAGAGUCCCCUCCCCAUGUUGUUUUCCAGCUGAUUUUGGUCUACAUUGUAAUCCCGUUUGUAUCGACAUGUUUGAAAUGACAAACGCCCAUGUAUUUGUCUUGUGUUAGUCUAGCUAAUACAUUUGGAUUACACUGUUAUUAUGAUUGAAAUAAAAUUACAUUUCAUUCACACCAGCUCUGCUAUCGUCUUGUAAUGUUGCAGUAUAGGCCAACUUCAAUCCAAUCCACACUGAUACCCUUAGUGUUGCCAUUUUCUCAUGUGUCUAUAUAUAUCUGUGCGAUGUCCAGGGUACUGCGUGCCAAGUGCAGAGGGCACCCCUUUUUGUGACUGCCCACACCCAGCCAUUCUGCGCCGCCUCUUAGAAUUGCAUGGGUUUUUCUUUAAAAGGGUAGUCGCCAUUCACACCAGCUCCUUCUCAAUGCAACUGGGUGUCACUUCUUUCUACAAUCCGUUUCUCCUUUGCAUUGCAGGACUAAAGUGAAAACAACAUUGACUUGAUGUUGUUUAACAGUCCACCAACCAAGUUUACAUGUGGGCUACUCAUAAUGUCUCUCAGUGAAUUAUAGUCCAGGAACAAUGUCAGCUCUUGUAUAUCAGAAAAAAGAGGUCCUUGUUUUCAUUGAAUAAUAAUCUAGGUUACAGGUUAGGCCAUAUCUUGCUCAUGGCUUGUAUGAUAAGCAACCUUAACUUUAACCGGAAGGCUUGUGUUAGCUUUCCAAACUAAUGCCUUGGCUUUAGCUCAGCUAACUAACACAGUUUGGUGAAGAAUAGCCAGGUUUUUUCCCCUCUAACCACCCCUCUCCUCUCUCUUCUCUCCAGUGUUCAGGGAGCCCUAUACGGUGCGGGUGGCAGACCAGCGGUCCAUGCGGGGCAACGUGGCCGUGUUCAAGUGCCUCAUCCCCACGGCCGUGCAGGAGUACGUCAGCGUGGUGUCCUGGGAGAAAGACACUGUCUCCAUCGUGCCAGGUAGGAGCAUCUCAGAUUUAGACCUGAAU